GAGGCGGAAGCGGCGUGUGCUUGCGGUGGCGGGGGGCGCCCGAUCUCGGAGGUAAAGUUUGGGGAGUCGGGGACGCCCAGCAGCCAAAAUGAAGGUGAAGAUGCUGAGCCGGAACCCGGACAACUAUGUCCGCGAAACCAAGCUGGACUUACAACGAGUUCCAAGAAACUAUGAUCCUACCUUACAUCCUUUUGAGGUCCCACGAGAGUACGUAAGAGCUUUAAAUGCUACCAAACUGGAACGGGUAUUUGCAAAACCAUUUCUUGCUUCCCUGGAUGGUCACCGAGAUGGAGUCAAUUGCUUGGCAAAGCAUCCAAAGAGCCUGGCUACUGUCCUUUCUGGGGCAUGUGAUGGAGAGGUUAGAAUUUGGAAUUUGACUAAACGAAAAUGUAUCCGCACAAUACAAGCACAUGAAGGUUUUGUACGAGGAAUAUGUACUCGAUUUUGUGGGACUUCUUUUUUUACUGUUGGUGAUGACAAAACUGUGAAGCAGUGGAAAAUGGAUGGACCAGGCUAUGGAGAAGAGGAGGAACCAUUGCAUACAAUACUAGGAAAGACAGUGUAUACAGGAAUUGAUCAUCACUGGAAAGAAGCUGUUUUUGCCACAUGUGGACAGCAAGUAGACAUUUGGGAUGAGCAAAGAACAAGUCCUAUAUGUUCAAUGACCUGGGGAUUCGACAGUAUAAGUAGUGUUAAAUUUAAUCCAAUUGAGACAUUUCUCUUGGGAAGUUGUGCUUCUGACAGAAAUAUAGUACUAUAUGAUAUGAGGCAAGCUACUCCCCUGAAAAAGGUCAUCUUAGAUAUGAGAACAAAUACAAUAUGUUGGAACCCUAUGGAAGCUUUCAUUUUUACUGCAGCAAAUGAAGAUUACAACUUAUAUACUUUUGAUAUGCGUGCACUGGACACUCCCGUAAUGGUACAUAUGGAUCAUGUAUCUGCGGUGCUUGAUGUGGAUUAUUCUCCCACUGGGAAAGAGUUUGUGUCAGCUAGUUUUGAUAAAUCUAUUCGUAUCUUUCCUGUGGACAAAAGUAGAAGCAGGGAGGUCUAUCACACAAAGAGAAUGCAACAUGUUAUCUGUGUGAAAUGGACUUCUGACAGCAAAUAUAUUAUGUGUGGAUCUGAUGAAAUGAACAUUCGUCUUUGGAAAGCUAAUGCUUCUGAAAAAUUGGGUGUGCUUACAUCACGAGAAAAAGCAGCCAAAGAUUAUAACCAGAAGUUGAAGGAGAAAUUUCAACAUCAUCCUCACAUAAAACGCAUUGCUCGUCACCGGCACCUACCAAAAUCCAUCUACAGCCAGAUCCAGGAACAGCGCAUCAUGAAGGAAGCUCGCCGACGAAAGGAGGUGAAUCGUCUCAAACACAGCAAGCCCGGGUCUGUGUCGAUUGUCCCAGAGAAGAAGAAACACAUAGUGGCAGUUGUGAAAUAAUACUUGGUAUCCCUACCAAUCCUGAUGUCUAAUCAUUUGUUACCUAUUGAUAUGUGGACUCUGCAAAUAAAGUACUGGUUCUAGAAUAAUAACACACGGUUUAGUUACAGGUAGAGCACUAUGUACCAUGAGAAAUAGUCCUGAAAGGUGGCCUGGUUGUUAAGACUGUCCAACAUUUUAACCCUAAUCUGCUUUCUUAUUUCACUCAAGAAUACAGUAUUUGCAAACUAUUUAUUACCGAUAGAAAUUGCAGAUAUACUUCCUCUUUGACCUGUUAUUGUAGAUAUACUAUACAUUUUAAUUUAUGUUUAAGACCAAACCUCUCUUUUGUUACCUUUAAUACUACUUUGGGUAACUAUUGCAGUGAUUCUUCCUGAUGAUACAUAACAUGUGGAAGAAUUAUGUCAGAACUUUCUCAAUUCAAUUUUCUGUGCUUUAUUUUUAUUUAGCUUUUUGAGAGUUUAAAGAUGAUCAGUCUGCAUUUAUAUAACUUUUAUAAGAAUUAUAAUUUAUGGUUUAAGAUAAUAAAACAUCCUUUUCUCUG